AUGCUUUCCGCAGCUGGUGACUGUGACAUUUCAACCACUACGCGUGUGAAGAUCGCUUGGAAGAAGUUCAAGGAGCUGCUACUAGUCCUGACAUCACGCCAACUGUCGUACAAGACCCGUGGUCGAGUGUAUAGCACUUAUGUACGGAGCGCUAUGCUCCAUGCCAAUAAGACCUGGGCACUGACCAAGCCAAAUCUCCAUCGCCUACAGCGCCAUGACAAGACCAUGAUAAGACAGAUCUGCAACAUCAAGCCAGAAGAUAUGGCCACUGUAGCUUCAAUUGAAUUGCUGGGGUGGCUUAGUAUUGAAGACCUCGAUCUCAUCUUAAGGGAAAGGAGACUCCGCUGGUAUGGCCACGUUGUUAGAUCUAGCAGUACAGUCAAGUGCGCUCUCAAUAUACAAGUUCAUAGUAGGCGUAGAGUUAAUCGGCCAAUGCUAUCAUGGAGAGAGCUGACGGAGAAAGCUCGAAGAGAAUGGAAGCGCUCUACUGCCGACCUUCAUGACCGGAAAAAUGGAGAUCUGAGGUGA